AGUCUCUUCUUGAGAAUCAAUGGUCUCUCAUAAUUCCAAGAACACCAACAUACUGUCAUCUUCAAGUUGAGAUUUAUCACACUCUUUCCUUCAAGAAGCUGUACUGUAGACUUUGGAAGAUUUAGGACUUCUCAAGAUUUUGAAAAUGGCGAAUCAACAUUUCUUCAAGCCUCUUCUUCCUGGCUUCCACACCCACUUGAGAAUACCUGUAGCCUUCUUCUUGAAGAAUAUAGAAGGAAGAUAUGAGCAGAAGACGGCGGAGCUGAGAUCAGAUGCGUCAAAGAUAACUUGGGAAGUGAAGAUAGAUGGACAGAGACUCACUGACGGUUGGAAAGAGUUUGCUCUCUCACAUGAUCUUCGAAUCGGUGACAUUGUUGUUUUCAGACAAGAGAGAGAUAUGUCUUUCCACGUUACAAUGUUGGGACCUAGUUGUUGUGAGAUCCAAUAUGGUUCGUGUUCAGACGAGGAGAGAAACCUCGAGAAGAAGAAGAAUCCAAAUGGAGAAGCAAAGUCUUCUUCACUAGAUCCUUCUUGUUUUUCGGCUAAUGUGGCGCCUUCGAGUCUACGUUAUGACUUAAUGCUUUUUCCAAUGGGUUUUGUGAGGGAAAAUGGUGUAGUCGGAUCUGGAAAGAUUGUUCUGAUGAAUGAAAAGGGCAGAUCAUGGAAUUUUAACUUGAGACAAAAGCCAUCAUGCGGAACAGUUUAUGUUAGAGGAGGGUGGGUGAGUUUUUGUGAUGCCAAUGGACUUCAAGCUGGAGAUAUCUACACUUUCAAACUGAUCAAAAGAGGAGGAACUCUUGUUCUACGUUUGUUACCCAAAGGGGCAGAGUCUUGUUCACUAGAUCCCUCUUGUUUUGUGGCUAAUGUUGCGCCUUCGACUCUACGCUAUGACACACUGUAUCUUCCAAAGCGUUUUAUGAGGGAAAAUGGUGUAGACAAAAGACGUGGAGAGAUGAUUCUGAUGAAUGAAAAGGGCAAAUCAUGGACUUUAGAUUUGAAACUAAAGAAAUCAUGCGGAACUUCCCUCAUCAGACGAGGAUGGAGAAGUUUCUGUAGUGCCAAUGGACUAAGAGCUGGAAGUAUCAUUACUUUCAAACUGAUUAAGAAAAGUGGAACUCUUGUUCUAUGUUUGCUCUCCAACGAGCCAGAAGAAGAAGUGUGCUCAGAAGCUAAUGAAGUAGAGUCUCUUUCGACAGAUCAAGAAAGCCAUGAAGAGAGUAGCCACAACGAGAAAAUCUCAAGAAGAAAGGAAAAGAAGGGUAGAAUGAUAUGGAAAGCUUCGUCUUCACCAUCCGAAAACCGAUUUGUGACAUUAAAUCUUACACCUUAUAACAUCCUACGUUCUGCACUGGUUAGUUUCAAAACUCCAAGCCAUUGUCUUUUUACAGUCCAUCAAAUUUGAAUCUUUUGUGUGAAUCUUUGUUUCAGCGUCUUCCGAUACCCUUCACGAGGAUGAAUGGUAUCAAUGAAGAAACUAAAAUGACUCUGUUGGAUAAACAUGGUAUGAAGUGGUUAACGACUCUGCGGUUGGUGGACUACAAAAGAAAAAGACUGGGAAUGGUAGGAGGCUGGAAAGGAUUCAUCCAAGCUAACGGUGUGAAGGCAAACGAAUCCAUCAUGUUGGAACUGAUUUGGGAAGAAGAAACAAGUUGCGUCCUUAAGUUCUGCUCCAAGGUGAAGCUAGCAAUCAAAUGAAAAUGUAUAUGAGUGUAAUAUUGAAAUGAAUCAAUGUUUGACUCUUUUAUUUGGUAAGAUAUAACUCUUAAGGUCUAAUUGUACUAUUGUAGUAUGUUUUCUAAGUAUGUUGUAAUUGUAUGAUCAUUGGCCUUACGGUGUGGGAUUUGUGAAUGUUUGUUUAGCAAAGAAAAGGAGAGUUCAACUUUAUCAGUUUAAA